AUGGCUCAUCAUUAUCACCGUCACAGGCGUCUGCCCCGCAACCCUGACUUCUGGGACGAUGUUGGAAGUAAAUUGGCGAAUCUUAAUCCCUUCGCGCCCGAUAACGACAACGGAGGCAAUGGAGGUAACUUCGAGAUCCGGCAGGACAAUGGCGAUGGAGCCCCAACCACACAGCGCGCUAAUACGAGACAAGCCCGGUCGACCGUUGUCAAAACCAUUUACCAGACCGUCACCGACGGUGAUCCUCGCCUCGCCCCCAGCCCGUCCUCGCCACCAAUUCUCGCCCAACCUCCCAUUCCCACCCAGGCGACAUCGCCGUCGUCUGACCUCGCCGAGACCACUAUCGCGAGGGCCGGCGCGCCCCUGGUUGUGACGCCCGACAUCUCCUCCACCACUCCCACCGCCGCCGACGCCGACACGGCUACAUUGCUGCCCUCAGUCAUUGAUGACCCCCUCACCCUCUCUGGGAGCAUUCCCACUACCCUCGCCAUCGCAACUGACACCCCGACUCUUGUCAGACCUGCCACGUCUGCCGCGACUGUGAUCGGUGGCGGUGCCAUCUAUUCCUCCUCGCCGACCCCGACCUCGGCCGCCGCUGAGAAACCGGCCAGUGCCGAGACAAGCGGUGCCGCAAAGGCCGGCAUCGCCAUCGGUGUCCUAGCUGGUGUUCUUGUUGUCUUCCUGCUCGUCUUCUUCCUUUUCAACCGCCGCAAGAAGCAGUUGCAGCAGCAGCGCCUAGCCGACGAGGACGAGAAGAGCGAUGGCUUCGGAACCGCCGCCGCUGUGACUAGCCAGAACCCUUACGCUCCCCGCAUCAGCCUCCGUCCCGUCACCGAGUUUUCUCCCACCCUGAACAUGGAUAAUGCCAGCAAAGGCCCGGCUGCCAACAUGAACGCCAACUUGGCUCCUGCUGCUGCUGCUCUCGGUAUCCGCAACCCGAACCAAAGCGCCUGGGAAAGACCGACGACGAGCCAGAGCGCGAACCCCGCAAACCCCUUUGGCGCUCAAGCCGAGAGAAUCAAUGGACCCAUUCCCGAGGAGUCCGUCUGCUCCUUGGACCUCAACGAGAAGCCCCUGCCCAGCGUUGCGGACGCCUCCCCUGCCAGUGCUGCUAUUGGUAUUGCUGUCGGUGCUGCUGCCGCUGGUCCCUCGGCCGGAAAUUUGACUCGCAAGACGUCGAUCCGGAAGGACGGCCCCAAGGCACUGGAUCUCACUCUGCCUGGCCCGAUUACCCCCUUGUCUCUCAUCCCCGCUUCCCCCGCCGGAACCACCUACAGCAGGGACUCUGCCGGCCCUGGUUACCAGUCCACGCCUUCUACUGGCUCUGCUGCCAUUGCCGCCGCUGGUGGCCCUGUCAACACGACUGUUCACCGGGUACAGCUCGAAUUCAAGCCUACCCUCGAGGACGAGAUGGAACUGAGAGCUGGUCAGCUUGUGCGUCUUCUCCACGAGUACGACGAUGGUUGGGCGCUUUGCAUCCGCUUGGAUAGAUCGCAGCAGGGUGUUGUCCCUCGCACCUGUCUGUCCGCUCGCCCUGUCAAGCCCAGGCCCCCCCAGGCUCAAGGUCCUCCGCGUGGUCAUCCGACCGGUCCCGGGGCUCCCCGCGGCCCCGGCCCUAACGCCCCUCCUGGUCAGCGUCCUUUCACUCCUCAAGGUGGUCCUCAUGGUGGCCGACCCGCUUCCCCAUCCGGGCAUGGCCCUAUGGGACCUGGCGGCCGCCCUCAAUCUCCUGGUCCCCGCUAUCAAGGACCUCCGGGACAACGACCUCAAAGCCCUAACGAAAUGGGAGGUCGCAACCAGAGCCCGGGACCUAGCAGAAUCCCCCAGCCCACUCGAAUCACUCCCAACAGUCCUCAGAGCAACCCAGGGCCAGCCCAGGGUCGUCCAGGCCCGCCUGUGGGGUCUGUUGGCCGGAAACCCGUUCCCGGACAAGCCGUAUAA